CUCAAGGGGCAUGGAGAGAAUAAUUCACAACUAUUUAUCCCAAAUUUUAUAAUAUGCGAAACUUGAUUUUAUUUUGUUUUUAUUUUUUAAUCCUUCAUCCCCAAGUCCAAGUUGUCCAACGAACUGACGAAAUGGAAAAUGGGGCGACUUGGAAAUAUUUCCUUCGGAAUCUCUAGUCCACGGUAGUUUCCUUCCCCAAUUCCGAUUCCCUCUCCGACAGAAAAUUCCACAAAAUCCCCACCGGAUUCCUAACCUCUCACUUCCACACUUCGCCGUCUCCGGAAUCGGAAGCAAACUCGCGGCGGCGGAGCUCUGCCGAGCAAAGAAACCGAAGCUCAUUCUCAAACUCCCAAAGAAGACGAAGUAAGAAGCCAUGGAAGCUGUGGCGGAGGGACUUUGGGGCCUAGCGGACUACCACGAGAGGAACGGCGAGAUAGGGAAGGCGGGGAAGUGCCUGGAGGCGAUAUGCCAGAGCCAGGUGACGUUCUACCCAAUCGUGGAGGUCAAGACUCGCCUUCGGAUCGCGACUCUUCUCCUGAAGCACUCGCACAACGUCAACAACGCCAAGUCCCACCUCGAGCGCUCGCAGCUUCUCCUCAAGUCCAUCCCUUCCUGCUUAGAUCUCAAGUGCCGCGCUUACAGCCUCCUCAGCCAGUGCUACCAUCUCGUCGGCGCCAUUCCCCCGCAGAAGCAGAUCCUCCACAAGGCUCUCGAGCUCACCGCUUCCGCCGGCGACGAGAUUUCAGUGAAGUUAUGGUCAUGCAACUUCAACUCGCAGCUUGCGAAUGCUCUGAUAAUCGAAGGAGACUAUCAGAGUUCGAUUUCCGCCCUCGAGUGCGGUUAUAUUUGCGCAACUCAAAUAGGCUAUCCGGAGUUACAGAUGUUCUUUGUAACUUCUGUCCUGCACGUGCAUCUAAUGAUAUGGGAUGAUGUCAAUUUGGUUGAAGCGGCUGUUAAUAAAUGUCUUCAAGUCUGGGAGACUAUUCAUCCAGAAAAAAGACAACUUUGCCUUGGUUUGCUCUUUUACAAUGAGCUGUUGCAAAUAUUCUAUCUGCUCCGGAUAUGUGAUUACAAGAAUGCUGCACAACAUUUAGACAAAUUGGAUGUUGCAAUGAAGGCUGAUUUGCAGCAAACACAGCAUAUAAAGGAGCUGACAAAUGAACUUGACGCCUUGAAUCAAAGUCUCUCUCGAUCUGAUCUAAACUACAGAGAUAGGUCAGCACUGUCGGAAAAACAAGCUCAGUUGCAGGAGAGGUUGAGAAGUGUAACAAGUUCAAUUAAUUUAUCUGGAACAGGAUCACUGGAUCCAGCUUAUUUUGGCAAUAUGAGACGUUCGUAUGGAGACAAGCUUGUGUUGGCACCACCGCCCAUUGAUGGGGAGUGGUUACCGAAAAGUGCGGUCUAUGCUCUGGUUGAUCUUAUGAUUGUCAUAUUUGGGCGUCCAAAAGGUCUUUUUAAGGAGUGCGGAAGACGUAUUCAAUCAGGAAUGCAUGCCAUACAAGAGGAACUGGCAAAGCUUGGAAUAACCGAUGGUGUGAGAGAGGUCAAUUUGCAACACUCUGCCAUUUGGAUGGCUGGUGUAUAUUUAAUGCUGCAAAUGCAAUUCCUUGAAAACAAAGUGGCUGUGGAGCUGACUCGAUCUGAAUUUGUUGAAGCACAAGAGGCAUUGGUGCAAAUGAAAAACUGGUUCACGCGCUUCCCUACUAUUUUACAAUCUUGUGAGAGCAUCAUUGAGAUGCUUAGAGGGCAAUAUUCUCAUUCUGUUGGUUGUUAUAGUGAAGCAGCUUUUCACUAUAUUGAAGCUGCAAAGCUCACGCAGAGCAAAUCAAUGCAAGCUAUUUGCCAAGUUUAUGCAGCUGUCUCUUACAUCUGCAUUGGUGAUGCAGAAUCUUCUUCACAGGCACUGGAUUUAAUUGGACCAGUUUACAGAAUGAUGGAUUCAUUUGUUGGAGUUCGAGAGAAAACCAGUGUCCUUUUUGCUUAUGGCCUUUUAUUGAUGAAACAACAUGAUCUACAAGAAGCAAGAAAUCGACUGGCCAGAGGUUUGCAGUUGACACAUAAUCAUUUGGGAAACCUCCAACUCGUUUCUCAGUAUUUGACAAUCCUCGGGAGUUUGGCACUUGCCCUGCAUGAUACUGUACAGGCUAGAGAGAUUUUGAGAUCAUCCUUAACAUUGGCGAAGAAGCUUUAUGAUAUUCCUACACAGAUAUGGGUGCUCUCUGUUUUAUCAACCUUGUAUCACGAAUUGGGUGAGAAGGGAAAUGAAAUGGAGAAUACCGAGUAUCAAAGGAAAAAGAUGGAGGAUCUGCAGAAGAGACUUGCUGAUGCACAUUCAUCUAUUCAUCACCUUGAACUAAUUGACAAAGUAAAGUUUGAAUUCCACCAAUUUCAUGACCUUGAUAUCAAGCGCGCAGUUGGGGAUCCAUCGACAAGAGUCGAUCUAGACAUCCCAGAAUCUAUUGGUUUUUCAACCCCAUUACCUAACUUUCAAUCAAGGCUAGUGGAUUUAGACACCGGAAGACGUGGGAGGAGGAAACUAUGACUUGAUAGAAAAAGAAGCCAUCGAGCUUAACCCAGUUGUAGAGUAUGUUCUAGUAAACGGCGUCUUUACCAUCAACUUUUAGGAAUUCUGUGCAGUUCUUAAUUAGAUGCCGUUCCCUAAUUGUUUGUCUCCUUUUUAUUCUUCAUUAUAUUUUUGGUGUAUAAAUUAUGAUGCUCUCAGUCAAGUGAAGCCAGUGCUCUAAACUUUUUGUAGAUGAAGUAGUUUUUGCAAAUGUGUCAUAUUUAGUCACAUGACUGAUUACAGUUGGUUGUUGGAAGAAUAGAUCCCAAAACUGCAAUAUAGCUUUU